AUGUCUAGCGCCGGCGGAGGAGGAGGAGAUGGGGCCGUGGUCGAGGAGGAGCUGGUGCACAUGGAGGACGCGGUGAAGCUGCUGGUGGAUCACCUGGUGCGGCCGGUCCUGCCGAGACGCGCCGGCAAGGACGAGCGCCAUAUGACGCUGGAGAAGCAGCGCGCCGUUGCGCAGCAGGUUCACACGGCUGUCAUUCUGUACAACUACUACCACAGGAAGAUGUGUCCCAGGCUUGCUUUCGCUGAUGCCAAGCGGUUUUUCAUUUGCGCUUCUCUUUCUGUUGGAGAAGAUCUGUUCCCAUACUUGUGUAUACUCCAUGCGCGUGAGAACGAUUGUGGACACGAUGUCGGCUUAUCUGUUACUGAUAGAAAAGGAAUACAAGCUUGUGAGAUUGCUGAACAACUCGAUACGACUAAAGAUUAUCCAGACAUGGAAUUGUGGCCAAUAGGGAAAGUUGCUGUGCUUCUUCUGGACCAGACGAAGAAAAGAUGUUUGAUUGAGUAUGGUGCUGACACCAAGGGUGUCUGGUCAAUCAUAGAAAAGGAAUAUGAUGCAGCAGCUGGUAUUUCACACAGUACCAACCAGCCAGCAGGCCAGGAAUCGACAAAUACAACAAUCUUUGGUACUUUGGAUGGUCCAUUUAUGCUUCAACAACUGGCAAUAUCAGAGGUGCAGCGUAGAGCAGGUAUGGAUGGCUCGGACUUGCUUGUUCUCAACGAAGAUUUGACAUACUCAUUGAGUAAAGAAAGGACGGCUACCAAGUUGUUCAUUGUGGAAUAUAAGAAAACCACGAAGGGAAAAUUUGUGGAAAUAUCUCUAGAAGAGUUGAUUCGCAGUAUGACUGGUCCAGUAUUUGUAAAUGAUCCGUUCCCGAAAACAACAUCUGUAGUUGAGUACUAUCACAUUCUUCCAUAUAAGGAGAUUUUACAAGGACUCCUCCAGAGGUAACAUAAGAUUUGUUCUCAGCUAUUUAUGUGUGAAACUAGGACUCCUCCACAGGUAACACAAUUCUUCGUAACACUUGACAUGU